AUGUGGAUCAACUACGCGCGAACAUUUAUAUAUAACCAUUCGGUACUUCAUGUACUGCUUCUUGUUCUUCUGCACACAGCAUUGGUUGGCGGCGGGAAGCCUGGAAGGCAGCAGUUCGAAGAGAUCUCCGCAGAACACCCAAUCCAUCUGGUCAUUCCACUUCCCGAAGAUGACAGCUUCAGUUUCGGAAAGAAUCCAUUCUAUUUCUCGUCUCACAAAGUGAAACCACUGGCAGAUUUGGCAUUGGAACGGGUUUAUAAUGAGAGUAUCCUACCGAAUAACUCAAUCAAUUUGAUCUACCGAGACUCGAAACUCUCCGAUGCAAUUGGUCCAAACGUAGCAGUUGAGCAAUUGCUUCUGAAAGAAAUCGAUUGUAUCAUCGGAUAUGCCUAUGGAUAUGCACUUGCUCCCGUCGCCAGAAUGUCGCCGUACUGGAAGAAUGGUAUUCCGAUUAUCACUCCGAUUGGGCUCACAAUGAGUUUGGAUGAUAAGAAGGAAUAUCAGCUAAUGACAAGAAUCAAUAGCCCGUACAAGGUCGUCGCCAGCGCUGUCGGUGAGCUGUUCAAGAAUUAUCAAUGGAAGCGGCACAUAUUCAUGUUCCAUCAUGCGAAAAGUCCAUCGGUAGCUGUCGGAGAAUGUUUUCUCCUGAUGGCCAGUCUACAACAUCCACUGAGAAAGAUAAUCGAAAUGCAGCACAACUUCUUCACAUUCAACGAGGAGUCCAGUGCAAAUUUGACACGAGCCGAACGUCAUCAGCAGUUUGUACAGUAUUUGCAAGCGAGUAGCUACAUGGCAAACGGUUAG